CAACACUAGUUGACAUUCCACCUCCGCAAACCAGCUUUUGCAAACGGACGGCCAUGAAUCGCUUUGUUGCGCUGCUCGCCUUCAUCUCGACGGCGACGGCACAAGUACGCGACCCUCCUCAUUUCAACGUCGCACUCAACAAGAAAAUAACGACGACGUCGACGUGCGGGAUGUACAACGGCAGCGCAGUGCCGGAGACCUACUGUCAGUUGACGCUGACGGCUUCGCCGGACGAAGACACAGUGUGCAGCGUGUGCGAUGCGUCGCGUCCUGGGUAUGACCAUCGCAUUCAGUACGCUGUGGACGGCACGAAGAAGUAUUGGAUGUCACCACCGCUGUCUCGCGGCCGACAGUUCCACGAAGUCAACAUUACCAUUGACUUGGAACAGGAAUUCUAUGUAGCAUAUGUGAUUAUUCUUGCUGCUACUGCUCCUCUCCCAGGACACUGGGUUUUGGAGCGUUCUCUGGAUGGUGUUACAUACUUCCCUUGGCAAUACUUCGUGCAACAAGAUAGCGACUGUCAGAAGCUCUAUGGCAUAACACUGCCACAGCGAAACAUGAGGGAUGACACAGUCAGGUGUACUGACCAGUACUCACAAGUCGUACCACUUGUGGAUGGAGAGAUGUUUAUUUCACUUAUUUCUGGAAGGCCGGGAGCCUCCACGUUUUCACAGGUGCUUCGGGAUUGGACGAGUGCCACAUAUGUUCGUCUGAGGCUACUUGGAGUCACCACUUUAUAUGGUGAGUUUCUGGAUCCAGGUGCGUAUGAUGAUGAAACCCUGACGAGAAGAUAUUAUUACUCAAUAAGGGAGAUAGAGAUUGGAGGCAGGUGCAAGUGUAAUGGCCAUGGAGCUGAGUGCACUUCACCACCAGGGAAAACUCAGCUGGAGUGCAUCUGUAGUCAUAACACCUGUGGUUCAUCUUGUGAUUUUUGCUGUCCAGGAUUUAAUCAGUACAAGUGGAAACCAAGUACCAAAGGAGAUGAAUUUGCCUGUGAAAGAUGCAACUGCCAUGGGCACAGCAAUGAAUGUGAGUAUAGUGCAACAGUUGAGGCCCAGAAUAUGAGUCUAAACAUGGAAGGAAGAUACAGUGGUGGAGGUGUGUGCAGAAACUGUGAUGGUCAUACUGCUGGGUACAACUGUGAAGUUUGUGCCUCUGGCUAUUACCGAACACCUGAUCUUCCAACAACAUUGGAUUGUUUGAAGUGUAAUUGCAGUGGACGGGGCGUACUGGAUGGCACUUGUGAUGGUAACAACAAUGCUCAGUGUACGUGCAAGAAGAACGUAGAGGGUUACUACUGUGAUCGUUGUAAGCUGGGUUUCUUUGGGUUGGAUGCAACCAAUCCUGAUGGUUGUCAACCUUGUGCAUGUAAUCCAGCUGGUGCUAUUGUUGGACUUGCUGAGUGUAGCGAAGAGGCAGCAUGUGUGUGCAAGGCUUUGACAUCUAAGCGUGACUGUUCAGAUUGUAUAGAUGGAACAUUUGGUCUUUCAGCAAACAACGUCUUUGGAUGUCGUUUCUGUGAAUGUGAUGUUGGCGGAUCUACUCGUCCAUUUGCAUGCAAUAAAGAAGAUGGACAAUGCAAUUGUCGACCAGGAAUGAAUGGUGACCGUUGCAGUAAAGUUGCUGUCGGUACAUGUUUGCCGUCUCUGCACACAACACUUCGAUACGAAGCAGAAGAAGGUAUGUGGAACAAUUUUAGGACUCCGUUUGCUUUCAAUGAAACAGAAUUUCCUGGGUUUUCAUCAUUUGGUUAUGUUAUACUUCAGCUUGGAUCUCAAGAAUAUGUUGAAGUGACAGUGAACGUUCCUAUUAAUGGAAAGUAUCGAGUUGUUUUGCACUAUCGUUUGCUUGGAUCAGAAGAUGUUACUGCCGAGGUAUUGUUGGUAAAGGGUACUGCAAUCGAGUUACCUAGUGAAAUUGAUUUGAAGUCAGGCAAUAAUGUUCACUUUAGAUCUUCUAAUGAGUUUGUCCUAACUGAUGGAACAUGGAAGGUCAUAGUGUCUUACACUGGGUCAUUUUAUCUCUUAGUAGAUCACAUAAUCUUGUUGCCGGAUGCUUAUUACAAUCCAACAAUACUGCAGACCCUUGUACCUGAUAUUUGUUCAGUUGGGCAAAAUGACAUUCUGUGUCGUUGGUAUGUCUUCCCAUCUCUUGAUGAGCAUAUUCGGAGGUCGGGAACAUCUAGUGGUGGUGGUGUUACUCCGUUUGCUGGCAAGUUGCUUUCUCCUAUUUCGACUACAUUGAUGGAAAUUGUGCUUAUUUUCAAUGGGCUGUCAACUGAUGAUGACUAUGUCUUAGUUCUAUCAUACUACAGUGAAUUGGAUCACGUGCAGCAACUCAAUGCUCUGGUGGAGUCAGAUGUAAUUGAGACUGGUGUUCUUAAUCUUGUGCCAUGUUUGUACACGUCUGGAUGUCGGCAAGUUGCGACUCAGUUGGGAGAAGUUGUUGUGUUUGCAGUGAGGGGAAGUGGACAGGCUGUUGUUACAAUGUCAUUACCGGGUGGAUCUACAUUAGGCAACAAGUCUAUAUUUAUUGAGCAUGUUCAUAUGGUGCCUGUUGGAUCGUGGAUGACGACAUUUAUCACUCCGGCAUUCUAUUGCUAUCUUGUUGGUGACAGCUGUAUUCCAACUCAAUACAAGUCUAUGUUGGGUCAGGGCAACAGCUUUGUUUAUAGUGGUGAUGAGGGAUAUUACUAUGGUGUGGGUGAAGAUAGAGAAGACAUUCCAGUGUCGUCUGAUGCUGAGCUAAACAGAUUGUCUGGAGCAACUCGCGGUGUUGCAGUGCUAAGCAGCUCUGUUCCAACUGUGCAUAUGGACCUUCCUGUGUCAGUUAUUGAUGAUUUUUAUGUUGUCAUUCACUACUAUAAUCCGAGUGCUGUCAGCAAAGAUGUCACUGUUGAUGUAGAUGGCAUUGACAAACAGCUUUCUUUUCCGUUUUGUCCUGACAAGUCUGGUUGUCGGGUUGCUGCACCAGAUCCUAUCAAGAUUGAUUUGUUAUCAGUUGUCAUGUCUGUUACUCUUCGUGGUAACAGUGAUUUUUACCUUGUUUCUGUUGGACUAAUUGCAAGUCGUCACUCUAACAGUGAAGACUACAUUUCGCCUCUACCUGCAGACUUGAAUGCUCGCUUUAUUAGUGAGUGUUCUGCCAAUGAAUUUGGUGUUGGUCCCAACAGCACGGCAUUCUGCAUGGAGAGUGCACGUUCUGUUUCUGCUAUUUUUCAUAAUGGCUCAGUCGGCUGCUCGUGUGAUGUUCGUGGGUCUGUUUCUCCUCUUUGUGAUGGAAAUACAUGCACAUGUCAGUGCAAACUGAAUGUCGUUGGUCUUCGCUGCUCACAGUGCAAAGUUGGUCAUUAUGGUUUUCCCAGCUGCAGGCCAUGCAAUUGUGCAGGUGGAGGCAUUUGUGAUGUUGUAACUGGUCAAUGUCUCUGCGCUCCUAACGUAGAGGGUAGGAACUGUGAUCGAUGCAAACGACGGUUUUAUGAUUUUCAUCCAGUGCGUGGAUGCAUUGCAUGCAACUGUGACUCUAUAGGAUCGUCUGGCUUAAACUGCAAUCGUCGAACUGGACAGUGUCGUUGCAAGCAGAGAUUUAGUGGUCGUCGAUGUGAUCAGUGUCUUGCUGGCAAGUAUGGAAGUCCUGAGUGUCGUGACUGUGGCUGUGAUGCACAAGGCGGCGUCAGUAAUGCAUGUAAUCAACAGACAGGACAAUGUCAAUGCAAAGCAAACGUGGAUGGCCGCACAUGCAAUAGAUGCAAAGAUGGUGCUUUCAACUACACUAUUUCUAAUCCUAAUGGUUGUGAACUGUGUAACUGUGAUGUAAUCGGCAGCGUCAAUGGGUCAUGUGACAAGGUGACCGGUCAGUGUGAGUGCAAGGAAAAUGUCAUAGGCUUGCAGUGUGAUAGCUGCGCUGCUGAUAUGUACAGGUUGCUUGACGGCUCAUGUGCUGAAUGUAAUUGUCAUUUUGAAGGAUCAAGCUCUUUGACAUGCAAUGUUCGUGAUGGCAAAUGCCCAUGUCGAAGGUUUGUUCGAGGUCGACAGUGUUCUCGCUGUUUGAGAGGACAUUAUCAGCUGAGCUCAUCGGGAUGUCAGCCAUGUGGUUGCAGUCGGUUUGGUUCUAAUGGGGAGUGUGAUUUGGUGACUGGUCAGUGUGUCUGUCUGCCAGGUAGUUAUGGUAAACGUUGUGAUCAAUGUGCUGAACGUCAUGUAGUCGGCCCACAAGGAUGUCGGCGAUGUGGUUAUUGUACAGACAGAUUGAUGGAUGACCUGGAAGGUCUUAUUGCUAUACUGAAUGAAACAAAUGCAAACAUUUCGGACUUCUCUGUGUUGGUUCAUGCAUGGAGUCGUUUGUCACAACUCAUUGCAAGAUACAAUAGAUCGAACGAAGCUGUAUCUGAUAUUGUUGACAGUCUGGAUGCUGUAGAUGUCAUUCUUGGUGACUUAGAGUUAAAUCACAGUGGACUUUUUGGUAGAGUUGGGACUUUGCUGUCAUCUGUGGAAAAUUUAGAGCUUCAGAUUAACUCAACAUUUGUUACAUCUGUAGAGGCUGUUGAAGCAACAUCUAAAACAAAGAAACGAGCUGAUGAUGUUUUGCAGGAUGCACGUGCCUUUCUUGUGAAGCUGAAUACUAUUGUGGACAGGGUGCGUAGGGUGAGAGACCUAUUGCAGACAAGUACAGCAAACGUAAGUGCACUGAUUGCAGAAGCUCAGCAAAUCCUUAAUGAGAUUAUGGCUCGUAACUUUAUGGCUGAGCAAGUUGCCGCAAGCAAGGCAGUUGUAGAUGCAAACAAUGUGCUACGGGUUGCUGAACAGCUGCGAAACGAGAGCCAGUCAUUUGUGAACGAGGCUGCAAGGCUUCAGAUGACACUUCACGACCACAUGCAGAAACUUAAAGAGGCUAAGGAUUUGGCUGACAAUACCAUCAUGACUGUAAAUGAUGUAGACAACGUGCUCACUGGCAUAGCUUUAAAUACAACCAAGCUACUGAAUAUGACAGCAAAGUUGCUGAGUGAAGCUCAUGACAUUGAUGCAAGUCUGAUUGAUUCCCUAACAAUAAUUAAGGAAGCAAAACGUGCAUUGGACAAUGCAACUAAAUCAUACAAUAUUGCGUACAAUACUCGAAAGCAAUUGGAAUCUGAAUAUAUUGAAAUGAGAUUAACUAUGUAUGGGUACAGGCAAGCUGUUGCUGAAGUGGAACCUUUAGUGUAUCGGGCGACAAAGCUUGCUACUGAUAUUAAAGAGCAAGUCAAGGCUAUGGAUCCGUUAUUUGACAAUCUGAGGAGCUAUUCACGUGAUCCUAUUUCAAGCUUUAAUACUCGUGGAAUUUAUGAUCUUGAUAUUAUGAAUGCUAAUGCAACUCGUUGUGUAGGAGGGCCAAUUGUGGAUGCUGAUUUUAGUAAUCUUCUUGAGAGGGCCAAAGCAUCUCUUAGGAGAAGCAGGCAACUGCAUGGAAAAGGAGAAGAUAUUAAUGCUAAGACGGAGGUGAUAAAGAAGAUGAUCACAGAGGCAAAUGAGGAAGAGGAUGAACUGCGAGCACAACAUGACAAUGCAAAAAGCCAACUUGACACAUCGAAUACACUUUUGAGUAAAGUACGAAUGGCUGUUGUAAACAUGACCCAGAAAAUCUCUACCAUAGAAGGGAAGGUCAACAAACAGUAUUUAGAUGCAACAGCAGCUGAAGCAGAUGCUAAAGUGUUGACAACAAAUAUCAGUUCUGCAGAAGUUCGUCUGAACAGUCUCAUUGCAGAUUUAAGGGGCCCUAAUCAGCAGAUGCGUGAAACAGUGAAAACAGUGGAAGACUUAACGAGGCAUGUUGAACGGAUGCGAAGUUUUCGAGAAACGACUGAGGCAAAAUUUGAUGCUAUGGAUAGGCGACUGUUGUCAUUGGAUGAUCUUCUCACAAGAAUUAGCGAUAAGAUUGAGCUUGCACAAAAACAAGCUGAACGAGUGAAUAUUCCUUUUUCAACAGGUGAAGAUGAUGAAGCUGUCACCAUUUUCCCACCAGAAUCAGUUGCUCAGCCAUCGGCUUACACACGCUUGUCAAUGGCAGCACGACCUGUAGCUGCUAGGGGUAUGCUGUUCUAUAUGGGAGGAGAUUCUUCAGCUGCAAGCAGCGUUCAGUCGGAUUAUUUAGCUGUUAACUUGGAUGACUGGAAAGCACGUUUGUCAUAUGGCUUGGGACAGGAUGAAACAAAUAUGGAAGUAAAUUUACAGCUGGCCCAAGGCAAAUGGUAUCGAAUAACUGUGGAGAGGAUGGGUGGAAAGGCAUCAAUGACAGUGAAAUUUAUUGAUGAUGGAAGUCCCCCUAGGUCUUUGGCUGAAAUGAGCAAUUCUACUGACCUUAACUCUAAGAGAAUGUUUCUGGAUGUUGGCGUUAAAGGCAGUGUCUUUGUGGGAGGAAUACCAGCUGAUGCAAUGGUGCCUAAUAGUUUGCCACAAGGUCAUUUUAAGGGCUGUAUUGACAAUGUGGACAUUAACAAAGAGGUGGUACCAUUGUUUGCAUAUGAAGAUUCUAUGCAACAAGUUGCACAAACCUGUUCUGGGGCAAGGGAAGGUCAACCCAGUCCUGUGGCUGGAUUGUUCUUUACUGGUCUUGGCUAUGUUGCGAUUAAGCAAGAUGUGUUAAAAGCUGCGCCUUGGUGGAAAAACCAUGCUGCAAAGGUAUUAAUAACUUUUAUAAAGCUGGAGACAUACCAGCUGGAGGCAUUAGUGUUUUAUGCAAGUGGAGAUAAUGACAAGUUUAUUGCGCUGGAAGUGAGAAAUGGAAGGUUGGUUGCAAGUUUUAAUAAUGGUGGCUCAGACACCGUUCGAAUUGAAAGUCGUGGGAAUGGUGUGAAGAAAGGUGUUAAUCGUGUUAGGUUGAGCCAUGACAGUAAGAAGGUUACAGUUGAGAAUACUGGGCAAGGAGCUUUCUCUUCAAAUGAUUCAUCAGUUACAGAUAGUUUACUCAUCACAAGUCCAUUUUACUUCGGAGGUGUUCCUGACAGUGUGAGAUUACCUCCAGGCAUAACAAGAACUAAAUUCAGAGGCUGCAUUCGGUCAGUGCAGGUCAAAGCCAAAACAACAAGUACCCUCGACAUCCUUAAUGAAGAAAAUUACGAGCAAGGAUCCAACUCUUUCAAGGAAGGUUGCUCACAAAGAACAAUCAACUGUGCAACCUUUACGAGGUCUGGUCAUGUGAAAACAAAAUCAGAGUUUGGUGGUCUUACUGACAACUUCGACAUAUACUUCUCUAUUUAUCGUACGUCUGAGUCAGGAGUUCUACUAUUUGAUGGUGAAGAGACUGGCAGCUAUUUCUAUUUGCUGUUGAAUAACGGACGCUUAGAGUUCGCAUGGAAACACAAGAAGUCUGGAAACGAUGUUGUCAGGCUUGUUCACAAUGAUAUAGUUCCUCUUGAAGAGUGGACAACUGUAUCAUUGAUUCGUGAUAAAUCCAAAGUGACACUGACAGUGGGAGACAAAUCGAAGAUUUUGAGGGGCAUAAAAGGAGAUAUUACAGACAACGACAGCGAUGGUUUGUACGUGGGUGGUGUUACAGAUGGAAUUGCAUCUGCAACUGGUGAUGCAAAUUUGAACAACAAAUUUGGUGGGAGACUAAGCAACCUUGUUGUUAAUUGGCGCUUUAUUAAUUUUGGAGAUAACGAUUUAAUUGAUGAGAUUGGUAUGACAGUUGCACUAGAAUCCUGUGAAGAUACUAAACAGACAGCUGUUCCAACAAGAGCUUCAGUUCAAUCUACAUUAGCACCAACCCUCACAACUCGAAUUAUGCACAUGUUGCCACCUCCCAGUUGUGCAGCUUCUCCUGUCAUUGAUGUGAAUGCAUAUCAUUUUAAUGGCGAUCCUAGGAGUAAACUUGAGUUCUUGCUGAAAAGCAAUCAGCUCAUGAAGCGAAAUUUCAAGAUUGAUCUGCAAAUUAGAACGUUUGCCAACAGCGGGCUUGUACUGUUUGCUGGGAACAACAACUUACAGAGUUACUUCUAUGUACGUCUGGACGACGGGAAAGUCAAGUAUGCAAUGAGUGUCAACAGUGAAGAAGAUACUGCUACAAGUCGUGAUACCAUCAAUGAUGGCGAAUGGCACUGGGUUAAUAUUUCACGUACUGGGAAAAAGGGUUUGCUGAAAGUAGAUGAUACAAGCAGAAAACUUACGGUGACGACUUCUUCAUUAACAGUGAGGAUUACUACUCCAAUCUUUGUUGGCAGUAUUGCCUCUAGUAUAAAGGUGUCCAAGAUACCAGAUUUGGAUGGUGUUGGUGCAUUCAGUGGAUGUAUGCGAAAUCUUCGAUUUGAAAAUACUGUGGGAAUUACGAUCGAUGAGUGGAGUUCUACUGUACAGGAGGGUUCGACAAGCAAUGGGACAUGCCAUCAAAGGGUGGUGAAUGCAGCAUGGUUUACUGGUGGUGACUUUGCAAGAAUGGGCUCUGGCUGGAACAUAUAUCCACCAUUUCAGCUGUCACUAACUAUUCGCACCAGCAAUGCAUCAGGUCUGCUUUUUGAUGCAAGUGAAGGCGACGACAAGUACGCUGCUUUGUACAUCCAGCAAGGCCGAGUGUUCUUUGCUGUAUCAAAAGGUCCCGGUUUAAAUGCUAUUGUGAUGUCUAAUGAAGUUGUUUGUGACAGCCAGUGGCAUACAAUCAAUGUAACACUAGAGACCACAGCAUUGCUACUGCAAAUCGACAACAGUCCAGCAAAUCAGGAAAAAUUUGAUGCUGGCAGUGACAGUCUUCUAAGCGCAAUUGAUGUAUACAUAGGAGGUUUGCCAGGUGAUGUCUCGGUAAGUGGUCCUCACAACUCUAUUGGUGGCUUUACGGGCUGUAUGAGGACGUCUAUUAUGGUGGACAGACCUCGAUCUUUGACAAAUGCUGAGAAUGCUGAUGCCCUGAAGCUAAACGGGUGUCCAGUUGCUUAGAGUUCUCUGCUGAAGACAGACAUUUUAGUUGCCACUGAAUUGUUGUGUUUGGUUUUAGUCAUUUUGCUGCGUUGCAAUGUGUAGAGAGCAUGUCAGUCAGGAGGCUGCAAUAGGUAUAGUACUGUCAGUGUUUGCUUGGAAAUGACAUGGCAGUUGAGCCAUUGAUGUGAUUGCGA